AUGGCCACACCGUCUUCAUCUGCGACUGGUCUGGGUGGGUGUGACGUCUUGCAAUGGCAGCAUGAGGGCCGGCCAGCCAAAAGGCGCAAAGGGAUCUCGAUGACAAGCACGUGCCAGCCAUCGCCUCGAGAGAUUGGAAUUAUGAGAGAGACAGAACGGGAUGAUUCGGCAACAUUUCUGGGAAGUUCCAGCGGUAUUCAUUUUAUCCGCACAGUCUACAGCGCAUUCGCAAAGCGUUCGGCGGUCUUACAGGAAGCGCGAGUCAGGAACCAGAGCUUAGUGCCUGGCGAAGACGAUCAGUUACAAAGAAGCCCUGGCAAGUCUCACGGGUUGGAUGAGCUCUGCCUGAAACAUGAGUUAUCUCUUCAAGCCCCUGAUUCUGUGUCAUUUGAGAGCCUCGUGGGAUGGUCACGGAGCUACUUUGAGUAUUGGCAUCCCAUCUUCCCGUUCCUACAUGCACCGACCGUGCUGAAAGCCAUGGAAAGGGUCGGGGAGAGCGGAAUCGGGUCGCUGGACCGUAUUAAUCUAGCAAUAUUACGCUCUAUACUUUCUAUAUCGGUGGUUGAUAACCGCCAGGUGCAGAACUCUGGUAUGACAGCGGACCCGAUUCCUUCUGUACUGGUGUAUCGAACCGUGCAAGAGGCGAUGGAAAGCAUCCAUGCUUUGCUCCUGGAGCCCUCCACGCUUCCAUUGUUGCAGGCAGUAUUCAGCGUCCAGCUAGUACUGACGUCUGUAUUACGUCUCAAUACAGCUUCCAGGGUCGGGGGACUGAUUAGUCGAACUGCGUUUCAUCUAGGUCUUCAUCGCUGUCCUGCACGGUUCUCGUGUUUCAGCCGUGAAGAUGCAGAUAUCCGCCGUCGUCUUUUCUGGUCAAUUUAUUGUCUGGAAAGAUAUUUGUCCCAAGCUCUCGGAACACCGCCUAGUAUACAGGAUGACGACAUCGACGUCUGCUAUCCAGACAAUGAAAGGCAUGGAGAAAUCGGAAAGGUGCCGCGGGCGAAGGGCCCUCACAGCCACUUGCGAUUGCUUACCCAUCUCGCCAAGUUUGCGAGACUUAGGGGUCUGAUACUGGAGCUUCGCAACAAAUCCAUCCUGCACAGUCAUAAUAACACCCUCGCGGCCACGUAUGUCAACGGUGAACUGGCGCAAUGGUGGAAUGAGGUCUAUGACGAUAUUUAUCCCAUGGAAGAGCAGCUCGAAUGUCCGUCCCAGUAUGAAACGUCGCUGCAACCUUACCACCGACUGCUGCUUGUGGUGCUCAGGCACGAGUCCAUCAUAUCAAUGAAUCGGCCAUUACUCGCGGCUGAACGACACUCACCGGAAUACAAACCAGCCCUACAGACUUGCAUUGAGUCAUCACGCUCUCUGAUUUCAGCUUUGAGGACGUACUUGUUGGCUCAUAAUAGUGGUCGAAGUGACCAAGAUGGCGCAGAUAGUGGCAAACGCCAAGCGCCAUUGUCAUGGCCUUCAUUUACCUGGGCUACCUGGAUGUCCUGUCUUAUCUUGAUGUACGCAGCGUCGGAGGGCGAGUUUUCCAGUAUAAGCGCCCUAAAAUAUGCUAAACUCGGCAUCUCGAUAUUGGAAAAUCUCUCCCUGCGCAAGAGUAGCUGGCCGGAAACUUGUAUCGAAGCAAUCAGAGGCAUGGAGUCGGCGUUGAGAAUCAACCUAGAUUCUGAUUCUCGGGAACAGACUCCGGUACCGAGGACUUUUUCCAGACGCACACAGCGGACAACGUUGUCAGCUUUAAGCGAGCGUCGGGUGGACGUAGAACCGAAUGGUAGCAUGGAUCAGGAUGAGGGCUCGUCACGAGCAGAUCCCCUAUCUUCGCCCUGGACGUCGAAAAGGAGUACUUUUAACAUCACCGAGAUAACGUCCAGUCAUUCUACCUCAACACAUGAGCAACGGCCCUUGUCAGAGCAGGCGCAUCAUCCGUCGAGUUAUGAUCUGAAUAAUGACCAGUCCACCAUUGGAAUAGAAACUGACAAUAUGGAUGACUAUAACUCAGCUGGUUUGGUAUUCGGAGACACAAUGGGCUCUCAGUUCCCCUUUGCGAUUGCCGCUGGUCUUGAUCUCGCUCCAUUUUCAACUGCUGACCCGUGUGCUGUAACUAAUCUAUGGAGCAUCGCGGACUGGCCUUGGAUGAUUCAUGAGAACUUUUCAUGA